GGUACCCAGGCAGCGCCCUCCAUUGGAAUCGUGGAAGCGCAACAGCCCACUCAAAGCAGCGGAACGCCAAAAUGCUCGCCCUCCGCAAAACCCUCCUCCACGGCUGCCUUCCUGCGCCGCCGGCCGCCGCCGCCUCUCGGAUCUCCUCCCUCCUCCGCCUGCUCUCCUCCUCCUCCUUCCCGGGAGGCAGCGGAGGCGGGGACGAAUGGGGAGCCUCCUCCUUCCCCGGAGGCGGCGGAGGCGGGGACGACUGGGGCUCCUCCUGGUCCACUGGCCUCACCAAGGACCACUUCGACGGGUCCUCCCCCUACGUCGGCCGCCCGGUCCCCUCCCCUUCUGCCCCCGUCUCCCGUGAGCUGGCGACCGUGCGCGCCAUGGACGAGGAGGACGACAUGAUCCGGGCCUUGGAGCGCGACAACCGCGACUCGAAGGCGUUCGUGGACUCCUGGGGUGACCGGAUGCGGGAGACCUGCGCGCUCCUGAAGCAGGUGCGUGAGCCGGGCGCCCGGGGCUCGUACCUCAAGGACUCGGAGAAGCAGGAGAUGUACCGGCUGCACAAGGAGGACCCCACGACCUACACCGUGGAGCGGCUUGCCAAGGACUUCCGCGUCAUGCUGCAGCGCGUGCACGCCAUCCUGUGGCUCAAGGAGAUGGAGGAGGAGGAGGAGCGGAAGAGGGGCGAGCCGCUCGACGACUCCAUCGAGAUCCUGCUCGACAGCUGCCCAGAGUUUUUCAAUUCUCAUGAUAGGGAAUUUCAUGUAGCAUCCCUUCCAUAUAAACCUGACUUCAAGGUUAUGCCUGAGGGCUGGGAUGGCACAACACGAGAUCCUGAUGAGGUUCUCUAUGAAAUUUCAAUGAAGGAAGACCAGAUGUUGUAUGAAGAAUUUGUUCUACGCUUGGAGUUCAACAAGAAGAAGGUGGCAGGGGAGGUUAAGUACCACAAGUACAGCAGGCGCCGACCAGAUGAUGGAUGGAGCUACAUGGUCGAGAAGAUGGGGCCACAGGGAAAGCGCGGUGCAGGAGGGGGCUGGAAGUUCAUCAGCUUACCUGAUGGAUCUAGCCGUCCACUAAAUGAUAUGGAGAAGAUGUAUGUGAAGAGGGAAACUCCAAAACGGCGGAGGAGGAUCAUUGCACCAUACAAGUGACAGGAAGAACCUCAUCUUGUCCUGAUGCAAGUUUUCUGAACUGUCUUUUGACAUGCUCCAGGGAAGCUGAAAAUGUGAAAUAGAUUGGAACCACCAGCAUCGGUCAACCUUUUUUUUUUUUUUUUUGCAGCACAGGAGGCGGCUUCAUGUAUUAUUGUUGUUUCUAACGAGAUUCAUUUCCCACAUUUAGGCAGCUGAAUAAUUAUCUUUGAACUUUGCAGUG